AUGGCCGGCUCUUACGCGAAGAAGGCGAAUACCCCGUCAAAAAGGCCUUCUGCCACAAACCAAUUCUCGAAUAAGCGCAAUACAAGCAUCUUGAAUUUCUUCCAGAAGACCGAUACGCCACAAGGAGCCAGCUCGAACCAGGCUCGAAUUACUCAAUUUGCGACACCUUCUACGCGGUCACCAAGCAGCGGACGUGGUACGCCAACAUUCCAGCGAGGGAAUAAUUAUAAGAAAGACACCUCCGAAGGAUUGUUUUUGGAAGAUAGGAAAGGACUGGCAAAGAUCGAACAAGCGGUAAUGGCUGAGACGAACGGAGUGCGGUCACCAUCACCUGACAUCUGGGGUGGCGAUGAGGAGUUCCUGAAAGACGAUGACCGGCGUUACAACGAGAGUGAAUCAGGUGUCAAGCGUCGCAAGGUCGAUUCACCAACCCCGGAAAAUGCGCAGCUGCAAAAUGCCGAGUCGAAUACUACGAAAGCCCCGCCACCGAAAAAGAUCCAGAAACGAAGUGGGCCGUUUAUCGACGAGUCGGAUAGCGAAGAUGAUAUGGAAGUAUAUCGGGAUUUACAAGAGACGACUCCGGUUUCCACGGAUGCAGCAAAGACUGAGGCGUUGCCAAUGGAUAAACUAGAAACACUCACGGAACACACAUCCCACCCUUCGCCUCCGCCAUCGGUAAGAGCCGCCACAAAUAAUGCCGAUAAUGAUGAAUACGCGAAUUUUGACGAUCUAGAAGAAGACGAGCUUAUAGGGGAAGAGUUUCGAGAACGGCCAUGGGAAACUGAAGAGCAGGAGCGGCAAAGCGAAUUUGAGGCGGACGCGGCAGAUGAUUGGAAUGAUUGUUCUGGAUUAGAGGAGACGGAGGAUGAAGUGAGAAUGUGUCCUAUCUGUCAGGCAGUACUCAACGGCCUGAAUGAAACGGAUAUUUCAGUGCAUGUCAACGACUGUCUAGAUGGCAAACCCACUUCUAUCACCGCGACUUCUACUCCCCAGCCGACUUCCAAACCACCCGAAAAGCCUAUGGACCCCGACAAAACGCUGACGCGAAUCGAGCGAGCCGCUGUAGCUCGGCCUGCGCAACUUGAUCCAUACUUGCAGAACAAGCCCAAUGGACGGUCAGCGUUCUCCAAGAUGAUGGCAGGAAACGCAGAAGACACGGCCUGGGCUGCCGCUGCCGCUAAUGAAGUGUCAUCUCGUGGCAAGCAAGCCUAUCAGCGGACUUGUCCUUUCUACAAAAUCAUGCCUGGAUUCUCAAUAUGUGUAGAUGCAUUUCGCUACGGGGCUGUUGAAGGAUGUAACGCCUACUUUUUAAGCCACUUCCAUAGUGAUCACUACAUUGGACUCAGCAAGUCUUGGUGCCACGGACCUAUCUACUGCAGCCGACCUACCGCAAAUCUUGUCCGCCAACAGCUCCGCGUCGAUCCCAAGUGGAUAGUUGGUCUCGACUUCGAAUCCACAUCCGAGGUACCGAACACGGGAGGAGUACAGGUCACCAUGCUCCACGCAAAUCAUUGUCCUGGCAGCUCUCUGUUUCUUUUUGAGAAGAAGUUUGGCAAUGGACCCAAUCCCCACCACCAGCGAAUACUACAUUGCGGUGAUUUUCGGGCAUCUCCACUCCAGGUGCAGCAUCCGCUCUUGCGCCCGGAUGUCAUCAAUCCAGUCACUGGCAAGCCGCGGCAGCAACGGAUCGACGUAUGUUACCUCGAUACAACCUAUCUGAGCCCCAAAUAUGCAUUCCCAGACCAGCAGGAUGUGAUCUCAGCCUGCCAAGAUCUUUGCGUCCGUCUAGAUGAAGAGGCUGGAGUCGGACUUAAUACUGGGAAUAGUGCGGGUGGUUUGAUGAACAAGUUUAUUUCCACUGUAACGGCAAACAAGCCACCAGACCGAGCGGCGCAGGUUGGCGGUCGACUCCUGGUGGUGAUUGGCACCUAUAGCAUUGGCAAAGAGCGGAUAUGUAUGGGCAUUGCAAAGGCACUCGGGUCCAAGAUCUUCGCAACCCCGCCAAAGCGACGAAUCUGCGCCUGUCUGGAAGACCCAGAACUCUCUGCGCUGCUGACCGACAAUCCCCACGAAGCGCAAGUGCAUAUGCAGACACUUUUCGAGAUUCGUGCCGACACUCUGGCAGACUACCUUGACACCCUCAAACCACACUUUUCCCGAGUCGUUGGCUUCCGGCCAACGGGUUGGACAUACCGCCCGCCGGCCGGGCGAAUGCUACAGAACCCUCCAGUGUCCACAGUCCUACAUGGCGAAAACUGGAAGACACCAUUCACCAGUCAAAACCUGACUCCACAACGCGGAAGCACGCGGGAGAGCGCUUGUUUUGGAGUGCCUUACAGCGAACACAGUUCGUUUCGCGAGCUGACCAUGUUUUGCUGCGCUCUACGUAUCGGCCGCAUCAUUCCCACAGUUAAUGUGGGCAGUCAGAAGAGCCGGGACUCGAUGAAAGCUUGGAUAGAGCGGUGGGAUGUGGAGAAGAAGAAGAAUGGCCUGUUUCAAGUGGAAGGGGAUCGGUGGUGA